AUAGUGUCGCUCGGAUUGCGCUUCCCGCGAGUGGGCGUCGGAAGAGAAACCAAAGGCGGUUUGAGCACAUAAACAGAAAAUAACAUUCUGAAGACUUUUGUAAGAAGUGAUAGGGGAAAAAAAACCAUAAGAAGUACAUCCUUGUAUGUGUGUCUCGUUGUGCAGCUUUUAAUACUCAGAUAGUAAUGAAGCCACCAUUAUGUCCUCAGUCAGUGAAGUAAAUGUGGACAUCAGAGAUUUCCUGAUGAGCAUCAAUUUGGAGCAGUACUUCUUACAUUUCCGUGAAUUUGGUUUCUAUACUGUGAAGGACUGCAUGUCGAUAAAUGACAGCGUGCUACAUCAAAUUGGAAUAUCACCUACAGGACACCGUAGGAGGAUACUUAAACAGUUACAAAUGAUCUUUUCAAAAAUGCAAGACUUCCCAAUAUAUGCAAAUGUGCAUAAGGCAAAGAACGGCAGCGCUACAAGUGAGCAGCACAGUGUUCUGUCUUCCGGCAGCAACACCUGCAUAGAAUCUUCUGAUUCUGUUACUGUCCAUAGACCUGGCCCGACACCAUCAGAGAUGGUUACAACCAGUACCCUUAGUGAAGGAAACUGUCAGUCUCCUCCAUCACAUGAUAAGCUAUCUCUUUCUUCCCAUGACCUGCCCUAUCCUAAAGAAGAUCGACACCACAAUGUGGAUUCUUCACAAGAUUCUUUAUUUGGUCAUGUAAAUGUUAAAAUAGACUCUUUGAUUACCAAGAAGGCUGAGGAAUAUACAGCUGGAGAAGAACAAACAGAAAAAGUCAAUUUGACAUCAGAAGAUUCCAGCAAGGCACUCAGCACUAACUCUGAAUGUCUUCCCUCUGUGGACUAUCCAGCAUCAGAAGCACAUUCUGGCAGUGGAGCUAAUGGUGUGUUAGAAAGCUUCCCGCCACCCCCGUUCUUUCAGUUUCAAGGGGAGAUGGUUGUGAAUGAACUGUACGUUCCGUCCUCACCCGUCCACAGCCCCAUGAGAAGCCGGAGCAAGUUGGUUUCCAGACCUUCUCGAUCAUUCCUACUGAGACAUCGCCCUGUACCAGAGAUCCCAGGGUCGACAAAAUCAAUUUCAGGGAGCUAUUUCCGUGACAGAAGAAGUAUUACUACCUCAGCUGGAAAAUCUUUGACACUGAAAAAUUCAAACGAGGAUAACUCAACUUCCAUCUUUCCUUAUGGAGAGACAUUUCUCUUCCAGGGACUAGAAAGUUCCAAGAAGAGAUCUAUAAAGAACGAAUUUUGGCCCCAUGAGGACACAGUUAAAGAGGAAGCAGCCACUACAAGAAACUCUAUCCUAAUCAAGUCAAGCAUAUAUGAUAACAGGAAGGAACAAGUGAGUGAAGACAAAGUCGAAGACAUUUGGAUACCCCGCGAGGAUAAAAAUAAUCUUCCACAGGAUUCUGCUUCUGAGUCUGAAUACUCAACAGUAGAGGAAUGCUUCCAGAGUUUAAGAAGAAAAAACUCUAAAGUGCCUAAGUCUAGGACUCAAAAAGCCUUCUACUUGGACCCCUUUAAUAGGCACAGUUAUCCUUUAAGCUCCACAAGUGGAAACACUGAUCCCUCCACCAUCUCCAAUGCCAUCUCUCCCUAUGCCUGCUUCUAUGGAUCUUCUGCAGCCAAAGUGAAAUCCGGAUGGCUGGACAAACUCUCUCCUCAAGGAAAACGCAUGUUUCAGAAGAGAUGGGUAAAAUUUGAUGGCCUUAGCAUUUCUUACUUCAAUAAUGACAGAGAGAUAUACUCAAAAGGAAUAAUCCCCCUCACUGCGAUGUCCACAGUACGGGCUCAAGGAGACAACAAAUUUGAAAUUGUCACAACACAAAGGACUUUUGUUUUUAGAGUAGAAAAAGAAGAAGAGAGAAAUGAUUGGAUCAGCAUAUUGUUGAGUGCACUGAAGUCACCAUCACUUGCCUCCCAGUUGCAAAUAGCUGUGGCACCUGAGAAAUGUGGAUAUCUUGAACUGAGAGGGUAUAAGGCCAAGAUUUUUACUGUGUUAAGGGGCAACAGUGUGUGGCUUUGCAAAAAUGAGCAGGAUUUUAAGAGUGGACUUGGCAUUACCAUAAUUCCUAUGAACGUUGCAAAUGUGAAGCAAGUAGAUAGAGCCGUGAAACAGUCUUUUGAGAUAAUCACUCCCUACAGGAGUUUCAGCUUCACAGCAGAUUCAGAGAAAGAGAAACAGGAAUGGAUUGAAGCUGUGCAGCAGUCGAUAGCAGAAACUCUCUCUGAUUAUGAAGUAGCGGAGAAGAUUUGGUUUAAUGAGUCCAACAGGAGCUGUGCAGAUUGUAAAGCCCCAGACCCUGACUGGGCAUCCAUCAAUCUCUGUGUUGUCAUCUGUAAGAAGUGUGCAGGACAACAUAGAUCUUUGGGACCAAAAGACUCUAAAGUUAGAAGUCUGAAAAUGGAUGCUAGUAUUUGGAGCAAUGAGCUCAUUGAGCUAUUCAUUGUCAUUGGAAACAAGAGAGCAAAUGACUUUUGGGCUGGUAACCUUCAAAAAGAUGAAGAAUUACAGAUGGAUUCACCAGUAGAAAAGAGAAAAAACUUUAUUACCCAGAAAUACAAAGAAGGAAAAUUCAGAAAGACUCUUUUAGCAUCUCUGACCAAAGAAGAGUUAAAUAAGGCUCUGUGUGCUGCAGUAGUGAAACCGGAUGUGCUGGAAACAAUGGCCCUGCUGUUCAGUGGAGCAGAUGUCAUGUGUGCGACAGGAGAUCCUGUGCACAGUACCCCCUACCUCCUGGCCAAGAAGGCUGGGCAGAGUCUACAGAUGGAAUUUCUCUACCAUAACAAGUUCUCAGACUUCCCACAGUAUGAUGCCCAUUCUGAAGGCGGGUCAAGUCAGGAUGCUGCCCAGUCCAUGUUUCUCUGUGACUUCUUGUAUCAGGCUGCCGCCUCUGCCUCUAGAGUCUCCACAGAGAAGAAGCUACUGGAAGAGACAAAUAAAAAAUGGUGUGUUUUGGAAGGCGGCUUCUUGAGUUACUAUGAAAACGACAGGUGUACCACACCUAACGGCACCAUUAACAUCAGCGAAGUUAUCUGCCUGGCUGUCCAUAAAGAGGAUUUCUAUCUGAAUACUGGGCCCAUCUUUGUCUUUGAAAUCUACUUACCUUCAGAACGUGUCUUUUUGUUUGGAGCCGAAACAUCUCAGAUUCAAAGAAAAUGGACAGAGACAAUAGCCAAGCGUUUUGUUCCCUUUGUUGCUGAAAACUUAACAGAAGCUGACUAUGAUCUGAUUGGUCAACUCUUCUACAAAGACUGCCAUGCCCUGGACCAGUGGAGAAAAGGCUGGUUUGCUAUGGACAAGUCUAGCUUGUGUUUUUGCCUUCAACCUCAAGAAGCUCAGGAAGAGAGGAUGCACCUAAGAAGACUGCAGGAGCUAACAAUCAGCACAAUGGUUCAAAAUGGAGAAAAAGUAGAUGUAUUACUCUUGGUAGAAAAAGGGAGAACACUAUACAUCCAUGGGCACUCCAAGUUGGAUUUCACAGUCUGGCAUACUGCAAUUGAAAAAGCAGCAGGUACAGAUGGUAACGCAUUACAAGAUCAGCAGCUCUGCAAGAAUGACGUCCCCAUUAUUGUGAACAGCUGCAUAGCAUUUGUUACACAGUAUGGGUUAGGAUGCAAAUACAUUUAUCAAAAGGAUGGGGAUCCUUUGCACAUAAGUGAACUCCUGGAGAGUUUCAAAAAGGAUGCAAGGAGUGUUAAGUUGCGAGCUGGAAAACAUCAACUUGAAGAUGUGACAGGCGUGCUGAAGAGUUUUCUGUCUGACAUUGAUGAUGCUAUCCUUACAAAGGAGCUCUAUCCAUACUGGGUCUCUGCAUUAGAUACACAAGAUGAAAAAGAAAGAACUGGCAAGUACAGAGCCUUUAUACGCUCUCUUCCUGGGGUCAACAGAGCAACACUCGCGGCUCUAAUUGAACACCUUUACAGGGUUCAGAAAUGCUCAGAAAUCAAUCACAUGAAUGCCCAUAACUUGGCAAUGGUCUUUUCAUCCUACUUAUUUCAAACUAAGGGACAAACUAGUGAAGAAGUCAAUGUAAUUGAAGAUCUAAUUAAUAAUUAUGUGGAAAUAUUUGAGGUUAAAGAAGACCAAGUCAAACAAAUGGACAUAGAAAAUAGCUUUAUAACCAAGUGGAAAGACACUCAAGUAUCUCAGGCUGGAGACUUGUUAAUUGAAGUGUUUGUGGAAAGAAAGGAACCUGACUGUAGUAUUAUAAUCCGGAUCUCUCCUGUGAUGGAAGCUGAAGAGUUAACGAAUGAUAUAUUAGCAAUAAAAAAUAUCGUCCCUACAAAAGGUGAUAUUUGGGCCACAUUUGAAGUCAUUGAAAAUGAAGAGCUAGAGCGUCCCCUUCACUACACAGAGAAUGUGUUGGAGCAGGUCCUUCAGUGGAGUUCAUUAGCUGAACCUGGUUCUGCUUAUCUUGUGGUGAAGAGAUUCUUAACCAUUGACACAAUUAAACAGUGCAGAGAGAAAAGUAUCAAAGAAGGCAUCUUAAAACUCAAAGAAGAACCAUCUAAAAUACUGUCUGGGAAUAAAUUUCAAGAUCGAUGUGUUGUUUUACGAGAUGGACAUCUUUUUAUUUACAAGGAUCCGAAGAGCACCAAACACGAUAAGAUGUUUCCACUUAGGUUGAUGAAGUUUUAUUUUGGCAUAAAAAAGAAAAUGAAGCCCCCAACCAGUUGGGGAUUGACCGCAUAUUCUGAAAAACAUCACUGGCACCUAUGUUGUGACAGUUUACAAGCCCAGAUGGAAUGGAUGGCCAGUAUCUUCAUUGCUCAGCAUGAGAAUGAUAUAUGGCCGCCAGCCGGAAAGGAAAGAAAACGUUCAAUAACCAAAAAUCCCAAGAUUGGAGGUUUACCUCUGAUUCCUAUCCAACAUGAGAGAAAUGCAACCCAGGCCCAGAAGAAUAUUGAGACGGCACGAGCAGAGCUUGAAAGGCUUCGGCUGAGUGAAAAGCAUGAUCAUCGAGACUUUACGGACUCCAGUUUAAAAGACAGAGCCUCCAUCAUAGCCCAGUGCUUGGAGCACAAAGAUGAAAAACUUCGAAAUCGUGCCAGAAAACAUCGCAGUUUCAACUGCCUGGAGGACACGGAGGCAGAGGGCCCACAUAGCCUACCAAGGGGCUAUAAAGGUCUAAAGACACCGAAGAAGACAGAGGACAGAAACAGCAAAGCUACCUUAGACCCUGAUCAUAAGCUGCCAUCGAAGGUCAUUGAGGAACUUAGUGUGGUUCUUCAGAGGUCAAGAACCCUUCCUAAAGAGUUACCAGAUGAACAGACGUUAUAGAAAGAGAUAAAAUAAAUCAUUGCACAAGUUAUUUUUUUUUUUAACAUUGUAUACAACGUGUGUGGAACAGAAAUCAAACUGUAAUUCUUGAGUUUCUAUACCUAGAAGAAUUUGUCGGUAUUUAAGCAAUUUGUUUAUCUCUACUCAAGCAUUGAAAGCUCAUUUUAAAAUAUGUAUAUAUGUGGUUAGGUAUAAGAUCAACUUUAUUUUGGUCUGGAAACUUGUAAAGUUUGAUUGUAUUAACUUUAAUAAGUCUUUGGGUCACUCAAAGUGGCCAGCUCUUUGAAAGUAGAUGUGCAAGUGGGUUAAUUUAUGAGCAGAAAUCUGUACUUUAUUAUGUAAAAUGCUAUGUAUAUAUGAAUCCUAUGAAAUUGUAUCAUAAUUUGUACUACAAGAGGCUUGUAAAUUAAGUUGUCAUGUGUUUUUACGUUAAUAUAGGUUCCAUCUUAGGGAAAAGAAAGGGAAGUGAGUUCCAAAAGAGAAAGAUAUUGCAGUGGCUGCUUAACAAACAUUGAGAAGAAAGCCAAGAAAUUCAAACAAACAAACAAACAAACAAACAAAAAAACAUUCCACUACCCAUGGAGGUGUCCUAAUUCACCAAGAAACAAAUUUUGUUAAGGAGAACCUAUUUGUUAAGAAAAAAAAAAUUCUCAGUGUCUUGAGUGUUUCCAACAAAAAUAUUGACCUGGCCUAUGUUAGUUACGGCACUGGCUACUGCCAUUUAUUGUCAGUAGACAGGUCCCAGGACAUAAUCACUAGACCAGUGCAACUGUCUGUCAGUGUCCGAUCAGAGGAACUUACCCUGCCCUGAAGAAUGUGUGCAUGGGCCCAGCAUGGAUAUCAUUUGCACUGUUGCUGUAUGCAGGCAAUUCUUUAGGGCUUCAAACCGUAUUUUUGGUACGAAUAAAAUUUAUCACCAUGGGGUCUUUUGCUGUUUUUUCUUAUUUACUCCAUUUUUUUUUGUUUCAUUUCUUAAUGUAACACAUAAUGUUUACUUCUGCAUUGUCAGUAUCUACUGGAAGUGGGCAAUCUGUGGCUACUUACACAGCACAUUUGCAGGCAGGCAGUUCACAUUCCAUUUAACCUUUUCUUUCUACCUGUGAAAAUGACAAAGCCCUGCAUUUUUGUUGCCACAUAAUGAUCAGGUACAGACUUGACAAUUUUCAUAACUCAGACUACAUUAGCUUAUAAUGGUUCAUGCCAAGGACAGUGCUUUUUUAAAGAUUUGUUCCAAGUCAAGAUGGUUUGGUGACUCUUACAACUGGAAGUUAUGGAGCUGAUCUUUAUUGCCAACAUUUCUUUCUCCUCUUCUGUAUUUUUUCCUAUUGAUUACAUGUCUGGUUUAUGAAUUCAAGCCUUUAUUUCACUUAUUCACAGAAAGGAAUACUCUAUGAAUUACUAGGGCUGUCUUUACUCAGAUAUGCUAACCACAUGUAUUUGUGGAAGAUAGCAAAGCUUACUAGGAGUCAGUGGAAUUUAUUCUUUACAUCCAAAUAAAUUGUAAUAGAAAUAAUAAAUAAAACUGCAGGCCAGUUUUAGGAGUUGGUGGCACUACUGUGGAUCCUUCAUUCAAGCAAGCUGUUGUGUUGUUUCAGAAAAACUUAAUUUUUGUUAAACUUGUUUCUAAUAUGUAAUCAUAUUCAUAUUUUUUGUGCAGUAAAAAGUCAUAUGGAAAUGGUGUUAUUGGCCUUGAUGGUACUGUUACAUGUGCUAUGGCGUACCUUAUUGGAAUUUCUCCUGAGAGUUGAGCGUAAAAACUGAUCACAUCUGUUUCUCUUCUCUUCAUAAACAAUUGUCUCCAUUUUUCAAAUGUAACAUAAGGGCUAAUGGUUACAUCUCACAUAUUUUGAGUUACAAUUAAAAUAGCUUUACAGGUCCAAUUG